GUAGUCCUAGGUUUUAGUUGUGUGUCUCUUAGACCAUCACCGUGUCCGUGUCAGCUAAGCUUGCACUUGGUGCCUGUCAUUUCCUCCAGCACCUUUUAAUAUCUUAGCUUUUAACUUCUAACCGUCCGACUAUUUGAGCGACAUGGCGUCUGAGGAAGACCAGCCAGUGCAGAUGGACGUCCAUGGCGAAGGAGCAGGCGAUGCUGCCGCCACCGACACCGGAGCAGCCGCGACUGACGAUCCCAUGGCACAAGACGGGGUUGAAGAGAACGGAUCUGCUGAAGCGGCCGCAGCUGCCGCCGCUGCGGCUGCUGCUGCAGCUGCCGUGGCGGAGGCAGCAGCGGAGGAGGAAGCGGCGGCGGAAGAGGCGGCUGCGGCUGCGGCUGCUCAGGCCGGCGCUGGUGAUGAUGCUGCUGCGGCGGACGGUGCAGCCGCCCCUGCUGCGGAUGGUGCAGCUGUUCCUGCAACUGAUGCUGCAGCUGCUGUUCCUGCUGCCGAUGCUGGAGUGACCCCUGCAGCCGAUGCUGGAGUGACCCCUGCAGCCGAUGCUGCAGCUCCUGCCGGCGACGGGGUACCGGCUGAAGCUGCUGAGGCUGCUGCCGCUCCUGCACCUGAAGCGCCCGCGGCGCCGGCGGCACCGACGGAGGAGGAGCGACUGUGGGGUCUGGUGCGCGCCAACUCGGGCGACUUCGAGUCGUGGGUCGCGCUCAUCCACGAGAGCGAGAAGUCGGACAAGCUGGAGGGGCUGCGCGCCGUGUACGACACGUUCCUGGCGGAGUUCCCGUUGUGCUUCGGGUACUGGAAGAAGUACGCCGACCACGAGCAGCGCCACGGCAACAAGGACAAGGUGGCGGAGGUGUACGAGCGCGCGGUUGCGGCUGUGCCGUACAGCGUCGACAUCUGGCUGCACUACGUCACGCACCUCAUCGCCACCGUCGAAGACGCCGAGGAGAUCCGCAGGCUGUUUGAGCGCGCGCUGGUGUACGUGGGGACGGACUACCUGUCGCACACGCUGUGGCAGAAGUACCUGGACUACGAGGGCGGCCGCGCCGAGUGGAGCAAGGUGGCCGCCGUCUACACGCGCAUGCUGCAGGUGCCGCUGCAGCAGCUCGACCACUACUACCACGCCUUCCGCCACUUCGCCACGUCCCACACGCUCGACGAGAUCCGCACGCCAGAGGAGUCCGCAGCAGCCGCAGCCGAGGUGGCGGCGGCCGCUGCAGCGGCGCUCAAGGUGCAGACAGCAGCGCCCUCGCAGCCUGCUGGGGAGGACGCCACUCCUGCUCCCGGUGCGGAAGAGCCCAAGGAGGGAGACGCAGAGGCGAAGGCAGCUGAAGGCGAUGCUGCUGCUGCUGCUGCUGCAGCAGCAGCGGACGCUGAUGCUGCCCCAGGAGCAGAGGCUCCUAUGGCUGAUGCUGCCCCUGGCGAUGCCGCUACCGCAGCCGUCCCUGCUGCUGCCCCUGCUGCUGCUGCCCCAACGCCUGCCCCGCCGCCUGCAGCAGCGGCCGCGCCAGUGCCGGUGGCGAAGACGGACGAGCAGCAGCUGGCGGAGUACCUGGCGCUGAGGGACGUGAUGUACCAGAGCAGCAAGCGGCGCGACGCCGAGAUCCGCGAGUACGAGGUGGUCAUCAAGCGCCCCUACUUCCACGUGAAGCCGCUGGACGAGGCGCAGCUGGGCAACUGGCACCGAUACCUGGACUUCACAGAGAAGGAGGGCAGCAUCGCACGGACCAUCAACAUCUACGAGCGGUGCGUUGUGCCGUGUGCCAACUACCCCGAGUACUGGGUGCGCUAUGUGGAGUGCAUGGAUGCCAAUAACGAGGAUGAGAGGGCUAAGGACGCGCUGCUAAGAGCCACGGCGGUGUUUGUUAAGCGCCGCCCGGAGAUCCACCUGUUUGCCGGCCGGUACAAGGAGCAGCAUGGUGACGUGGAGGGUGCCAUGUCAGCGCUGGACACGGCUGCAUCGCUUGCAGCUGGUUUGCUGGAGCUGACUGUGCAGAAGGCGAACCUGGAGAGACGACAGUCGGGUGCAGCGGCGGGGGCAGCAGUGCUGGACGCAGCAGUGGAGGGGGAGAAGGCGAAAGAGGGCUCCAAGAUCCUGCCCUACCUCUACCUGCAGCAAGCACGCUACCUGCUCACUGUUGGAGGAGAGGAGGAGAAGGCCCGGGAAGCAUUCAAAGCAGCGAUCGACGCCGCACCUGAGAACAGGACCAUCUGGCAGGCGGCCAUCUCCUUUGAGGCGUCAGUGCCUGGCGCGUCACCGUCGGUGCGCAUGGGGCGAGUGGAAGCACUGGUGGCCGACGCACUCGCCAGAGCCAAGGCUGAUGGCACUCCGCUGCUCUCUGCGGCUGACAGGGAGGACAUCUCGACCGUUGCCUUGGAGCUGGCGGAUCUCUUGGGAGACGCAGCAGCAGUGAAGCAGGUGGCAGCGCGCCACCGCUCGCUCUUCCCCUUCAAGCGCCCCUCCACUGCCGCCGCCACCGCAGCUUCUGCCGAUUCCCGCAAGCGCUCCCACCCCGAUGCCUCCUACCAUGACCGAGCUGGCGGGUACAAGCACCACCGGGCCUCCGCUCCCUCGUCCAACUACUACGGUGCUGGCGGUGCUGGUGGCUAUGGAGCUGCUGCUGCAGGAGGGUAUGGGGCACAGAGGCAGCAGGGAGGGUGGCAGCAGCCGGCAGUGGCGCCAGUGGCACCGGCUUCACCUGCUGCUGCUGCUGCUGCUGCGCCGGUGGCUGCUGUUUCGCCGGCUCAGCAGGGGCAAUGGGGGGCGUAUGGGCAACAGGCGUAUUCAGGCUAUGCUGGCUACAGUGGUUACUCAGCCGCCCCUGCCGCGGCUGCUGCUGCUCCUGCUGCUCCGCAGGCUGCUGCAGCAGGAUAUGCGGCGUAUGGGCAGACUUAUGCUCAGCCAUAUGCUCAGUCUGGCUAUGCUGCUGCACCGGCUGCUGCUGCUGCCCCUGCUGCUGGUGCUGCAUCAGGGUAUUAUCAGCAGGGUUAUUAUGCCCAGUAAUACUCAGGGUUCCUCUAGAACUUCCCGCUACAGAGCGCGUUUGAUGGUCGAAGUGUUUCGACCUUCUCAGCAUUGUAUUCGAGCAGUAACCCUUUUCCCUUGCAUAUGAAAUGUGUCUUGUUCUUGAGCUACUACUACAAACCGGAGGGGAAUGAAAGAUUGGCUAAUUG